UUGCUCCAGCAGUACUGCACCGUGCCGGCCCGCAGAGGAAUAAGGCAGCACAGAGAGCGGCGGCCAGCGAGGAUUUGGUGAACCAAGGAGUGAAUAACAGGUCCGAACCGGGACCAUGGCUGCUCCGUCUGCCCUACUGAAGACCUGGGUCCUGCUGCAUGCCCUGUGCCUGGCUCUGGCCCAAGUGAGAGGUCCACAAGGGCCUCAGGGCCAGCCCGGCCCCGCAGGCCCCUCUGGCACUCCUGGCUCGGACGGCAUAGAUGGUGAAAAAGGACCUCCUGGGCCUCCAGGACCUCCUGGGCAGAAAGGUGAGCCUGGAGAACCCGGAGUUGAUGGACCACCAGGAGAGAACGGGAUUGACGGUUUAAUUGGAGCUAAGGGGGAUCGUGGUCCUGUGGGAAGUCCAGGUCCUAAGGGACAACCUGGACCAACUGGAGAGCCUGGAGCCCCUGGACUGGGCCUUCCAGGGUUACCGGGUGCUCCGGGGCCAAUUGGUCUCCCUGGUGAGAUUGGACCAGUUGGACCUAAGGGUCUCAUGGGUCCACCUGGUGCUCCUGGACUUCCUGGCCCUCCUGGAAAACCAGGUUCACCUGGAAAGUUCAUUGGUGGAGAAGAGGGUAGUGCAGACUUCCAGUGUCCUCUUAACUGUCCAGCAGGACCGAAGGGCCCACAAGGACUACAAGGAGUCAAGGGGCACAAAGGCAGAGCUGGUAUUCUCGGUGACCCAGGAAGCAUUGGCAAGACGGGUAUCAAGGGAGAGACUGGCAUCUCCGGAGAGCAGGGCAUCCCAGGACCCCCAGGUCCAAUAGGUCUCAGAGGUUACCCCGGAAUGAUGGGUCCUAAAGGUGAAGCGGGGCCUCGUGGUUACAAGGGCAUCACAGGACCAGUUGGCAUUCCUGGACCUCCAGGUGAAGAGGGCCCCCAAGGAGGACCUGGUGAGCCCGGCGAUAAAGGAGACAAAGGCGACCGCGGUAUCCAGGGGCCACAGGGAGGAGUGGGCAAAAAAGGCGAGAAUGGUCUGCCGGGGAUUGAUGGAAAGGAUGGCACACCUGGUAUUCCUGGAAUCAAGGGUGCUCCUGGACAGGCUGGCAGGCCUGGCCCACCCGGUCCACAGGGAGCUGCAGGAUUACCUGGAAGUCCUGGUGUAAAGGGUGGACCUGGUGACAAGGGAGAAACUGGACCCAGAGGCCAUGUUGGCAUGGCAGGAGCCCCUGGACCAUUGGGUGAGCCUGGUCUUCCCGGAGAGGCUGGCAUGGAGGGAGUCCCUGGGCCAAAGGGAGAUAGAGGCCAAAGAGGACCUGUUGGUGAGCCUGGACCUAUUGGCAAGCCUGGAGGUAAAGGGGAGCGAGGACCUAUUGGUGUUCCAGGAGCUCAAGGCCUCGGUGGAACCAAAGGAGACAAGGGUUUCCAAGGAAAGCCUGGGUCAAAGGGAGAUGUGGGUGACCCAGGUGUUGAAGGACUAGGUGGUGAGAAAGGUGAAAAGGGAAUGUCUGGUGAACCUGGACCUAAAGGACAGCAAGGUAUUAGGGGUGACCCAGGACACAAUGGUCCAACUGGUGACCCAGGCAAACCAGGAGACCAGGGUCCACCAGGCCUGCCUGGUCCUCGGGGACUAAACGGGGAGCGGGGAGUGCCAGGCAUGCCAGGAAUUCCCGGAUCAGCGGGACGUGACGCAUCAGACCAGCAUAUCAUUGAGGUGGUGCUGAAGAUGUUGCAAGAGAGGCUAGCAGCAGUAGCAGUGAGUGCCAAGAGAGCAGUGCUUGGUGGAGCAGGUGUGAUGGGACCUCCAGGCCCCCCUGGUCCUCCUGGUGCACCUGGUGGUCAGGGCCCCCAUGGACUGCCUGGGCCUCGUGGUAUUCCUGGAAUUAUUGGAGCUCCUGGACAAAUUGGAAACACAGGACUUAAAGGAAAAAGAGGAGCAAAGGGAGAGAGAGGAGAUCCAGGUAAACCCCAUCCAGGACCUCCCGGACCACCUGGAUUACAAGGUCCUCCUGGUAUUGAUGGUGUGGCUCGGGAUGGCCGGCCUGGGGAGAGAGGACCUCAGGGAGCAGCUGGAGAGGGUGGUCGGCCCGGUAAAGCCGGGCCACAAGGUCUCCCAGGAUACUGUGAGGCCGCUAUGUGUCUGGCUGCAUCAGCAUAUACCUCUCCACGACUACAGGAGGCAGGAAGGAUCAAAGGACCCAGUGUUUAGAAAGCAGCCUUACUGGCAAUAAGUGAGACAAGAGGAGAGAAACAAGAACAUGAACGAAGGAGAGACCACUCUUCUUGUAGAUGGACAACACCCAGGUGGAAGGGACCAUACACAGACUGGAUGUAGUGCCCCUUUCGUAAGUGAUGAUCUGACGUUUUGACUGGUGGGACUUAUUUUGAUCUUAAUCCCAAACAUCACCAUGACAACAGCAGCUCACAGCCUCCCACUACCUUCUAAAUUCUCCAGUGUUUUGGAUGAUGCCAGUGUCAGUCCUGCCACAGCCCCUAUUCCGGUUUCAGCUGUGAGAAAGGAGCGCUCUUGAUGUCACCCACUACAAAACGAGGAGGUGCGGUUAUGGUGGUAAAAGGUGCUUUUCUUCCCACGAUGCUUUGUGUGUAACAUCUGACCUGAUUAAGUAUUUUUACCAGACCAAACAAUAAAGGACAUCUGUACUGUACUUUGUUAUCAUGAGUAAUUGAAACAUUUUGUCUGUAAGGUUAGGUCACAUCCCUUACUUACCUCAUGAGUACUCCAUUCCCUCUACCAAAUCUCAUUUUAGAAACUAACUACUAGUUUUAUCUUUGCUCUUGUUGCCUGGCAACAGUGUAUCCCGACAGGCCCUCCCAUCUCCCACAAUGCAGUGCUGUAAAUCUUUGUAAAUGUGUGUUGAUUAUUAUGUAGAGAAAAAAGAAAUGGGUUACGAUAUGCUCCAACAAAAAUCCUGUGAAUGACCUAAACGAGUAAUAAAAAGAACUUCUCAAAGUUUUUCACUUUUCUCAACUCGAUUCAGAGUCUCAAUGUGCUCUCUAUGCCACUGUCGACUUUCACAGGCUGUCAGUGAAUUAAUGACUGAAUUAUGUAUAUGGACACAAGCUAUUUAUUGUUCUUAAUCAUCUGUAAUAUGAUUGUUUUUUUGGUUGUUCAGG